AUGGCCCGAGAGAAAAAGAAAGAGCCAGUGCAGCAAGCGAGAGCUGCAAAUUUUCGCAAGGUUAACCAAGUAGCUGGACGAAACUUGAACGCGAAUCGUGGUAAGGUCAACAUGACUGUUAACCAAGGAGGACGUAUGACGACCAACUUUGAUCCAAGAGGAUGUUAUACGUGUGGUCAACUUGGACAUUUUGCCCGAGCUUGUCCAACACUAUCUGAAGUCAAAGGUUCCAAUUUGGCAUCAAUCGUGUGUUUCUACUGUGGAGAAACGGGACACUAUGCGACCUCAUGUCCAUCGAAGCCGACCAAACUGAACGCCCAAACUGUGAACCGUGCUCAGACAGUGCAUCAAGUGAAGGAACCCCCAACAAAAAAGCAAGCGACCCCAGCUAAUGUUUAUGCCUUAGGAUUAGAGCCACCCAAACCUCCUAAGCCUGCGAAAGGCCCGAUAACAGGAACAUUACUAGUUGGUGGUAACCCCACUCAUGUAUUUUUCGAUUCGGGAGCGUCCAAUAGUUUUGUGACUCCCGAAGUGGCCGAUAAGUUCGGAGAAUUGUGUGAAGAGGAGGAGGUAAAUAUCAACGUUUUCACCGCUGGUAAUCAACCGCCCCUCAAGACCGAAGAAUGCUCAAAGGAGGUGUCGAUAGUCUUGCAAGAGGAGAAUCUUCCGGCAGAUCUACUUGUGAUGCCGAUGGAGAGAUUUGACACUAUAAUCGGUAUGGAUUGGUUAUCGGAACACCAAGCCCAUAUUGACUGCAGCCGGAGCAGAGUCAUAUUGGAGAAUGGAGGAAAGACACCUCUAGUUUUCUACGGAAUUUGCCCAAGUCGAAAGGCUUAUUUCGCGACAUCGAUAAGAAUUGGAAAUUCUUUUGAAGAAGGGAAUGUUUACCUAGUCACUCUUACCGCCAUCGGAGGAGAUGAUAAGAAAGACCUGGAGGUUAAGGACAUCACAAUAGUCAAUGACUACGAGGAUGUAUUCAGGCCGUUAGAAGGAUUGCCUCCACCAAGAAGCCAUCCUUUUACCAUAAACCUCGAGCCAGGAGCUACCCCGAUUGCUAAGGCACCAUAUCGCAUGGCACCAGCCGAGUUAGCUGAACUCAAAACAUAG